AGUGUGAUAGUGAUCGAAGCAAUCCUUGAUGCAGAGGCCAGGUUGGCCAGGACAGGAGGAACAAAAAAAACCUCAUUUACCAAAGAUAUCUUUUAUGGGUCAAACUUUUACCAGGCACAGGAUCCGAUAGGAGAGUACAUGUUUCAGUUUGACAAGGAUGAGAUCUUCUAUGUAGACAUGGAUAAAAAGCAGACCAUGUGGAGGCUCCCACAAUUUGGUGAAGUGGCCAGCUUUGAGGCAGCUGGAGCUCUGCAGAAUAUUGCUGUGCUGAAAUUUAAUCUUGAUAUUUAUAAGAAGCGGUCAAACUUCUCAGAAGCAAAAAAUGUUGCUCCUGAACUUCAUGUAUUCCCUGAAAACCCUGUGAUUGUGGGUGAGCCUAAUAUACUGAUCUGUAUGGGUACUAAGUUCUUUCCCCCAGUGAUCAAGAUGAGCUGGCACAAGGACAAUCACCUUGUGACAGAAGGAGUGUCAGAGACAGACUUCUACCCCGCACCUGAUGGAUCAUUCAGCAAGUUCUUGUACUUAACUACCAUCCCACGGGAGGGAGAAGUGUACACCUGUUCUGUGGAACACGCUGGACAGAGCACCAACCCCACCAACAAGUUCUGGUGUAAGUAA